AUGGCUGCUGCAGGUUGGUGUAGUUCCGGCAUCGGAAACAUCGGUUGGAGCCGAAGAAUCUCUGAAAAUGGCUAUGAUCGAUCUGUUUCAUUCAACAUCUCCAUGAGAGGAUCAAAAGCACCUAUCUGGAGAGUGUUGUGGAGGAAGAUAAGGAGAGAGAGGCAAAGAAUUUUUGACAAUUCAGCUACAUUGCGGUUCGCUUAUGAUCCAUAUAGCUAUUCGCAGAAUUUCGAUCAGGGUUCUAUGUUGGCUGAUCUUGAUGACCUCUCUCGAUCGUUUUCGGCUAGGUUUGCUGUUCCAUCUAGGGUCUUUGAUCAGCAGAGUGAAUUGAAGGGUUGA